AUGCGCGUUAUUAUUAUUUUUCUCAUUCCAUUGAUUAUCCAAAAUCAAGUAUUAAACCAUUUUCAUUCCCUUCUCUUCCUCCUCUGAAGAUGGAGCAAGUUUGAGAGAAGAUAUUACAACCAUUUGUUUGUUGGAGCAGUGACAAUGAGGAAACUAAGAUGGGUAAUGGAUGGUGGUGGAUUUUAUGAUUUAGACAUUUCAACUCCAAAAACACUUGAUGGAUUGGCUUCUCCUGUUCCAGGUGACCCUCUCCCUUUGGGUUUAUCAAGAGGGACUAGACUUUCCAGACAAAGACAACUCCAAUUCAUGCAACUUUUCAUGUAUGCUCCUCUUCUUCCAUCUUUUUCACAACCUCAAGGUUUCACUCUCCAACGUGUUCUCUCUCUCCCCUUUACUGAUAAUUGGUUUGUAUUUUUACUGGGUCAGUUCAAUUUGCAGAAAUUCAUUUCCUCCGUUAAGAGCAGUGAGGAAAAACCUGCACGGAAUUCCUCUUGGUUGAAAACAUUCGGGAGACACUUACGACAGAAAUCUUUGUAUGCCUUGGGAAUAUGUUCAGAGUUCCAGUUAACACCGGAUGAUACUUUACUUUUUGGCUUAGAUUCAUGUGACUAUACUGAUAAACCUCGUGCGAAAGCUGUACUUCAUCAUAAAUUUCCACAUCAUGAUCUAACAAUGGAGGCAGUUUAUCCCGGUCUUUUUGUUGAUAAGACUGGUAAUUACUGGGAUGUACCAUUUUCGAUGGCGAUUGAUCUCGCUUCUUUGACUACCAGUGACUCUUCUACUGGUUAUCAUUUGUCUGCGCACUACACUUCAGGGUCACCCGAGCAGUUCCAAAGUAUUCAAAAUCAAAAUGAUAGAGUACCACGCUCACUACUUCCGGGUUUGGCCUUCAAAAGUGUCUUCUCCUAUAGGAAAAACAUUGAUAUCUGGAGAAGUGAGACUCCUAAAUUGAAAUUGGUACAACCAUAUGAUAUCUUUCUUUCAAAUCCUCACGUGUCUGCCUCAGGGAUGAUUGGUGCUGCUGCAACCACAUCUUUUGGGGAGAAUUCGGCCAGAGCACAAGUAGACGACGAUGGAAAGCGUUCAGCAGGAUUGUUUCUUCAGGCUUCUGGGAUAAAGUCUUCCUUUCUAGCAGAUAUAUUUGGAUCCAUUUCAUUUACAGCCCAACAUGGAAACUUCCAAAGGCUUUUUCUUGAUCUUACACGAUUUCAGGCCCGGCUGGAAUUUCCUUCAGGUUCCAAAUUCCUUUCAGGUGCAACAAGUCUUGCACAAGAUCUUUUCAAUUCUCAAAAGCCAAACAUCGAAGCUCUUCAAACGAUAUGCCCAAAUGCUACCUUAUCUCUUCAGCAGCAGAUUGUUGGUCCAGUGAGUUUGAGAGUGGAUUCAGGAAUAGCAAUUGAUCUGAAGAACAACCCUGAAUGGCCUAUACAAGCAGAGGAACCUGUAUUUGCUGUUGAAUAUGCAUUGCAAGUGCUUGGUUCAGCAAAAGCAGUUGCUUGGUGUUGUCCUAAGCGCCAAGAGUUUAUGGUAGAACUUCGUUUUUAUGAGACAUAAGUAUGCGAUAACAUUCUUUAUAACUUGCAACUAUGCCAUUGAAGUGAGAGAACAAAUUCAGCCUCACAUAUGUUUUUUAAUUAUUUGUUUAACAAAAAAUGUUUUUAAAAUUUAAAAA